AUCAGUCUCCCUCCAAUAAGUCCUGCUGCAUCAAAUCGUUAUGGCCCCAGUUCUGCCUAUGCUUUGCCUCCAAUAUCUGCAUUGGAGGAUCUGCGAGGUGUCGAUGUCAAUGACUCUGCCGCCGUGCUUCGCCGUUUAUCGCAGAACGACGAGGCUGACAUCUGGCCCUCACGAUCGACAAAUAACAAGUGA